AUGCAUGCUGUUGAAUUAAGAGAAUUGAAGCUAACUCCAGAUCAAGCAGUUAAUGAGCCAAAAGCAGGAGAGCUGGAACAGAUGCCUGGAGCAGCGAGCCCCACUGAGCAAGACGAAAAGCUCGGUGACAAGAUCAAACAACUACUGCAAAGACAGGCCAUUUCCUCGACAGACUGUGUCACAAGAUACAAGGAAAUGCUACGCAAGUCAGAGAAAGAGGCUCAAGAAUGGGCAAGAUUGGAGACCGAACUUUCCCGCCUCGUUGAUUCUUUGCAAGCUAGCAUCGCGGGUCGUGAUAAUGUGAUCAAAGAACUCACAAAAGAAAAGGAGGCACUGGUGAACACAAAUCGGGAAAGCGAUGAGAAGGUCAGAAGCCUGUGUAAGGAAUUGGAUGAAUCCAGAAGGCAAAAUGUGAGGUACGGUAAACAAAUCGAGAGAACACAAAAUUUGCAAGAAGAAAACAGUCGACUGAGAACGGAUGUUAAGGAGCUGACAAAUGAAAUUGAGCGUUUUAAGGAAUCAAGAGAGCAAAUGCGUAAGCUUUUAUGUUAG